AUAAGCAAAGCCUGUUGUCAGUCAGGGUGGAAGUGCACGCUACUCCCUUCUUACAGGAGGGGAUAGUUUUGCAUUAAUAACUCCUAGAGGCAGCCUCCUGGGCUCCUGCCAGGCCCCCUGCAUGGCCAGGCUGCUGGGGCCGUGGUGGUCCAGUGCUGCUCGGGGCAGGAUGCUGGGGAGGCCGGUGGGGCACAGCCCUGGGCUGUGGCACGGGGUGGCUCGGCUGGUUCUGUGCCCCGCCAGGGCUGUCGGCAACAAAGCGAGGGACGCUCAGCACGUGGCUUUGCGGGCGGCUGAUCCAGGUAAAGAAGCUUUCAGAAAUGACAGAAGGCCUACAAAUUUUGAUAAAAAGGUGUUGGUGUGGGCAGGACGCUUUAAAAAGGAGGAGGACAUUCCCAAGCACAUAUCGUCUGAUGUCCUCGACGCAGCAAGGAACGUUGUCAGGAUAAAGGUUUGCUACAUCAUGAUUGCACUGACUGUGCUGGGCUGUUUGACCAUGGUCAUCACAGGCAAAGAAGCUGCAAAAAAGGAUCAGACGCUGCUGAGGGUGAACAUAGAAAAGAAGGCCAAAUGGAGGGCUGAAGCAGAGAAAGAUCAGGAGGCAGCUGUUGGGAAGCCACAAUGAUUUGGAACAGAUUUAUUUUAACAGCAGGAGAUAAGUGAUUUGCACAUGUGGCAUAUGGACCUGUCUUCAUUUAACUCUUUAGAGAUUUUUCACUGAAAUUCUCUCAAGGCAAAGACUUUACUUCCCAGAGGCUGCUCCAUAUGAACUGGGAAACCUCUAUGGAAACUCCAACAGCUGCUUUUUGUGGUCUCUGGUCUUUGGCACAAGGUUCAGCUGAAAUAUAAAACUGUCUUCUGAGCUGGAAAGUGUGGGAAGGACAAAUUCAGGACUCCCCAUCUCUGGAUCAACUUUUCAUGGUGGUGCUGGUGCUCAGCAUUGCUGUGGGGUCAUCUCCUUGCAGUCAGGAAGGAUGUGGCCCUACAUCAGGGAGCAUCCUGUUCUGUGCAACACCUCCAGGGCAAACAGCCUUGGCCAGAGAGAACCAGGGCAGGGGGAAAAGCAGUCUGAAAUACGUUUUGCAACCUCAGAGAGGUCAAUUAUCUCUGUCUCUCAAUUACCUUUGAGCCUGCUGCCAUCACUGUCCCCUUUCCCUUCUGCCAGCCCCUCAUGGGAUGCCAUGGUCAGAGGACAGGGAUGACAUGGGCAUGAAGAGGGGCUGGGAAUAUGGAAGAGUGUGAACAGUUCCUGAUGACUGAUUUGGGCCAAAAGGGGCUUUGGGCCAGAGGAGAUGGUGGUGGUGUGGAGUGGUUGCUGUGGGGCAGCCCGAGGAACCAUGUCUCAUGCAGGGAGCCUGGUCUGGAGGCACCUCUUGUCCUGCAGCACCUCACUGGUUUUCCUUUUUCGACUUCUGCUUUUAGUCAUUGUCAUGAAAGUUGUCUAGCACUUGCUCAGCUGUGAUUUUAGUCCGGAGUAAUUGUUAAUACAUGGUUUGCUAAAAUUGGAUUCUUUUUAAUCAUCAUAGUUCAUUAACUCAUAAUAAAACAGCUGUCCAAUUACAUCUAAAACAAAA